AUGGCACCCGACGUGAUUGAUCUCAUCUCAUCGAGUCCGCCACCAAGCCAGUCCAUCCCAACCUCUGCGCAAGUACCCGAGACCAAUCGCAUCGUUGAACCAGAGAAGCGACACCUACCAAGUAUCAACACAACACAUUCAGCAUCGCCAGGACUGUUUCUUUCCGAUGAUUUCGACACAACUAUAGAUCUUGACGAGCCAAUACUGGUCGAUGCAAAUUCGAACAAGAGACGAUGCCUUUCUCCUCCAGCGCAACCACCUCCGCUCAAGCGCAUUUCCCCAGCUCCAGAACCGCAAACGAUUCUUCCGCCUGUGCGAACGAACGGGCGAGCUUCCGUCGCUUCUGAUCCUAUAGAACUUACAAGUUCUCCAAUAUUCGAAUCACAUGGCCAGCUGGAACAUUCGGCCUUUAGUGGCAAACCCUCGACAGAUACUAUCAGCAAGCCCACUAAUCAAUCGCUUGACGCUGAAGACUCUGAUCCUUUCGCAAGUUCACCACAACCGGUCCGACGAUCCCCCCCGAAACCGAAGCCCCUCGCAAGACCUAUAGAAUCUUCCGACCCUUUUGCAAGUUCACCCCAUCAAGCGCCGAUAACGACUAAGGUGCCCGAGGCUAUCAUAACAUCACCGCCUGCGCCUCCGCCAAAACCUGCGCCAAAGCCAGCCCCAAAGAAGAAUGCUACAUGGGAUCCAAUCUCCAGUUCGGCGCCAGAUGUCUUCUCUUUCGAUUCAUCGCCGCCACAGAGGAACAAUACCGUUAUUGACAUUGACGACUCCGAUGGCGAGGACGGUUCCGAGGACGAAUUGCCAGAUAUCGCUUCUUUCGAUGUUGCCAAGAUGCGACGUCGAUCACGACUUCAGCGCUCACAAAGCGAUGUUGUGUCAUCUAGAUCUCGAACAAAGCCCGCAUCUUCGAAUACAAAGUCAGCAGAAGAGCGAGCACGAGAAAAAGAAGCAAAGGCAGCAGCCAAAGAAGUCGAAAAAGAGGCUAAGCGACGUGAGAAGCAAGAAGCAAAGGAAGCCAAACUUCGUGAAAAGGAACGCACUGCUGCGCUGGCAGAGGUCAACAAGCUACGUACAGACAAAAAGGUCUCGACGCCAGAAAUGAUGGUCGAUAUUCCUUCGAGUCUAAAUGCCACGGUCACAACUGAGCUCCAGACUAUGCUAGAACCCUUUGAUGUGCAGUACACAACUUGGGAUAGCCCGGUCGACAAUGUGAUCAAAUGGCGAAGAAAGGUUCGCAGUCGAUACAACGACGAGAUUGGUCUCUGGGAGCCAAUACCUCUUCGCCUCGAGGAUGAGAAGCAUGCUCUCGUUGUGAUGCAUGCCGAUGAGUUUGUGAAGCUGGCGCAGGACGACCAGAUCUCAACUCACGUUGGCAAGAUGCAAAGACAUUUUGCUGAUCAUUCUCUCGUCUACUUGAUCGAGGGUCUCACACCUUGGAUGCGCAAGAACAGAGGCCUUCGUAAUCGUCAAUUUGCAUCGAAUGUUCGGGCUCAGGAGGCUGCGGCUUCUACUGCAGGUCGUCGACGAAACAACAAUCCCCCUCCAGAGUACGUAUCCGAGGAGUUGAUUGAAGAUGCGUUGUUGCAACUGCAGGUGAUGCAUGAAGUUUUGAUCCAUCACACUAUGAUACCGAUGGAAACAGCGGAGCAGAUCCUUACAUUCACCCAGCACAUCUCAACAAUACCUUACCGAAAACAACGAGACAUCGCGACACUCGGAGCAGGGUUUUGCAUGGAGAGCGGACAGGUGAAGACAGGCGAGGACGCCAAAGACACCUACAUCCGAAUGCUGCAAGAGAUUGUACGAGUCACAGCCCCCAUUGCAUAUGGAAUCGCGGCGGAAUUUGGCACCGUCAGCAGCUUGGUUCGAGGCUUGGAAGAGCGCGGGCCAACCCUUCUCGAAGGCGUGAAGAAGAGCGCAAACAAAGAUGGUGCUUUCUCAGAUCGCAUGGUUGGCCAAGCAGUAAGUCGACGCAUGUACAAAGUUUUUACGGGAGUGGACGAGACAAGCACAGAUGUUUAG